CGCCGCAUGAAGUCCAUAGGCGUAUCAGCUGUACUACUGAACUUAUCGCAUUUUUGUGGGUUUUCACUGACGCCUUUGCUAAAAUGUCAGCCGAACGUCUCGCUAAAAUCCCCGAGGUUGAUUUAGAUCCGGGUGGCGUGUUUAAAUAUGUCCUCAUACGAGUGCACAGCAAAACCGACGAGUCGUAUGUUGAUAUUGUGAGAGGAUACGCGUGGGCCGAAUAUCAUGCUGAUAUAUAUGACCGUGUUGCUGGAGAGCUGGAAAGAGCUGGAGGAGUGGACUGUGAAUGUCUCGGAGGAGGGCGAAUCAAACACAACAGUGCAGAGAAGAAGAUCCAUGUCUACGGCUAUUCCAUGGGCUUUGGAAGAGCAAAGCAUGCUGUUUCUACUGAGAAAAUAAAGACUUGUUACCCAGACUAUGAGGUCACUUGGGCAGAUGAGGGGUAUUGAGUAUGUUCCCAUACAAGGAUCUGUCUUAAUAGAGCAAUGAACUGUUUCAAGUUAUGCCAAGACGGAACAAAGCCUUAAUAUCAUCAGAUGGAUAAAAUGUUUACUUUUCAAAUCAUGGGCGGAGAUCAUGUUUUUCUUACAUUUGAUAUAGAAUGGCACCUUGCUGUGUUUUUCACCAAGGAGAGAAUGCAUCUGUGUUUCAACCAUGUGUAUCUAAAUUAAAAAGAUGCAACAAAGCCCUUAACAGUUAAGUGGAGACCGUUAUAUCCCGAAAAGGCAGUAAACUCAUGGGAGGCACUCAGAAAGGUUCCCAUAACUAUUUUAUAAUGCAUUCAAAUUAAACAAAUGUUACAAUACAAACUAGUGUACGUGCUAGUUCCCAGCAAGGGAAAGUUGUCAUUAAGGUAAUUUAUUUGUGCUUAAAACACCAUAUAAAAAUCUUGAUCCGGAGGUUGUAAACCUUGCCCGAUAAACCUGACGAUCUCAUUGCAUCCGUUUGUCAGCGAUUUUAUUUCAGAAUCUCAGUAGAAUGUGUAAUGAUUUCUGUACUGUAUACAUAUCCAGAGAAUGUUUUGCGAAGUGAAGCAUUGAAACAGCAUUUAAAGAAACAUUGUCGGCCUAGUUUUAGUUUAACUUGGGAUUUAGGCACAUUUUUGUAUUUGCAUUUCGAUUAUUGUUGCACAAACCACAGAAUUGCACUGCAGACUAACAUGUCCAAUAAAUACAUUUAUUUUGUCUCUGA